AUGUCUGGAGAAUUGACCGACACUUAUUACGAAGGAUCAGCAAGGAUUGUCUCUGCUGAAUCCUUAAACUUCAGCUGCAUUUUCAGCACGAACAACCGCUCAUACGGCGAUGACUUCCAACUGUCAGAUUUUGACAAAACUGAUUUUGUGGGAGAUGGCGCUGCUGUCGUGAGGAUUAUCAUCUCUGUCAUUUACUCUCUGGUUUGUGCGCUCGGUUUGGUUGGGAACGUAUUGGUCCUGUACCUCAUGAAGUCUAAACAAGUGUGGAAAAAAUCCUCCAUCAAUCUUUUCGUAACUAGUUUGGCAGUGACUGACUUCCAGUUCGUCCUGACUCUGCCGUUCUGGGCGGUGGAAAACGCGCUGGACUUCACUUGGCUUUUCGGCAAAGCCAUGUGCAAGAUAGUCUCCUAUGUGACGGCUAUGAACAUGUACGCCAGUGUGUUUUUUCUGACUGCAAUGAGCGUGGCGAGGUACUGGUCCCUCGCCUCUGCGCUGAAGGGCAGACGACGGCGGCCACUGAGCUGCUCUGCCCGGUGCGUAACCGUCUUCAUCUGGUUUGCAGCUGUCUCCGCUGCGCUGCCACACGCAGUUUUCUCCACUACGGUCACAGUUUCCAAUGAGGACCUAUGCCUCGUCAAAUUCCCGGAGAGCAACGGAACCGCGCAAUUUUGGUUGGGGCUUUAUCACUCUCAGAAAGUGCUGCUGGGUUUUGUGGUCCCGCUUGGAAUCAUAUCAGCCUGCUAUCUGCUCCUACUGCGCUUCAUUACCUCCAAAAACAUCAACACCUCCAGCGCCAAAAGACGCGCUAAGGUCACCAAGUCUGUCACCAUCGUGGUCUUAUCAUUUUUCCUCUGCUGGCUGCCCAACCAGGCGCUGACAGCCUGGGGCAUACUUAUCAAACUCAACGUGGUUCAUUUCAGUUACGAGUACUACACCACGCAGGUGUACGUCUUCCCCGUGUCCGUGUGCCUGGCGCACUCCAACAGCUGCCUGAACCCCAUCCUGUACUGCCUGAUGAGGCGGGAGUUCAGGAAAGCGCUGAAAAAACUAUUCUGGCGCAUGACUUCGCCGACCAUGACCAUCAUAAGGCCGAUCACAGCCAGCACAAAACCAGAGAUUGACGGGCAAGGGCGCGUCCUGGUCCCUGUCAGCGCCCCCGUGGCGCCCGCUGUGGUGUUUUAUCCACCGGGGGCAGUAAUGUAG